AUGGCCACCGCAGGGUUCUCGAGCUUCGGCACGCCCAUUGUGGUGCGCGAGGAGGCGGGACCGCUUCCUCCGCUCCGCCUGGCCUUCACCAUCAUCACCGUCAUCCUCGGUCUGUGCGCCCUCGUCCACGCCUCCCUCUACCUCCUCUUCCUCAGGCGGGUGCGCGGCGGUGCGCGCCGGGGUCCGGUGCUGGCGGUGUUUGCGGCCUACGCGGCCCACCUGGUGGUGCACACGGCCCACUUCGCGGACAACAUCGCGCGGCCGGUGGACUACUUCGAGCCCUGGUGGCUCUACCGCGGCUACGUGCUCUCGACGAUGGAGAUCACCUUCUUCGCCAACUGGCCCAUGGUCAUCAGCGGCGCUGUGCUCAUCGGCCCGCUGCUCAAGUCCCUCUACCGUCGCCUUCAUGGUGUCGAUGGCGAUGGUGGUCGGGCCUCCAAGGUCAGCUCGGUGGCCAGGCGGCGGAGGCUGUGCUGGGGUGUGGUGGCCUACGCCUCGACGUCCAUCAUGACCCUCAUGCACUACGUCGUGGAGCCGCCCGUGUCCUACGCACCGGUGGUGAACUUCACCAUCGCCGGAGAGGGCGUCGCCGCGCUCGUCCUCGGGCUCGUGGUGGCCUUCAACAUGCCCUCGAUGAGCAGCAGCAGCAGCCUGGAAGGAGAUGUGAAGCAGCAGAACGAGACCGAACUGGAGACGCUCGCGGGCGAAGAACACGAUCACGAUGAUGGGACGAAGAGCCAAACCACCAUCAGUAUAGACGGCGCUCGGUGGGUGGUGGCGGCGAUGCCUUGA